UAUUUUACAGAAGUCUUUUUAAAACGGCACUAUGAUGUUUCCAAAUAUUAUGACGCCACCUUCUACACAUCCUAACCUCUUUAGGCCGUCAGCAGCUUGGACGUUGCCCCGGUCAUUGCAAUCAGCACUUAGUGCUCACUCCACCUUUUUAGUGGAGGAUUUGUUGCGGAUCAACCGACCAAUAUAUUUUCACCGUACAGUCUCGUCACCGACAGCGUUUGUUGCAAACUCAGGAACCACUUCUAUCAAAAUCGUUUCGGCGGAUGCUUUUAACACCUCCACAACCGUGGCUCGUGAAAAUCACUCGCCCCUGUGUUCACCUUCCACCAACAGAGACCCGACUUAUUUGAAAUUUGGAGUAAAUGCAAUCCUAGCGCCACCAAAAAUAAAUGCGCCAUCGUCUUCCAUUCAGUGCAUGCGGCCAUUUCCUUAUUUUGAUGGGCCUUCCUAUCCUUUAAUUAGAUCUUCAUAUUUAUCAGCAUCGACUUCGGUUCCUAUUCCGAGCACCUUCGCUUGGCCGCUUACUGCGAGAGGGAAACCCAGGAGGGGAAUGCUCCGGCGGGCUGUGUUUUCUGACUUGCAGCGUAAAGCCCUCGAGAAAAUGUUCCAGAAACAGAAAUAUAUUAGCAAGCCCGAGAGAAAGAAACUGGCUGCAAAACUUGGGCUGAAAGACUCACAGGUAAAAAUUUGGUUCCAGAACCGAAGAAUGAAAUGGAGGAAUUCAAAAGAGAGGGAACUACUAUCUUCCGGAGGGUGCCGAGAGCAAACCCUGCCCACGAAAAUGAACCCCAACCCAGAUCUUAGCGAUGUUGGGAAAAAGUCCUCGGAUGAAGAGGAUGAAACUUUCCACACAGAGAGACCCCGCGAGGCGUUCUGCUGCACUUUCACAGAGCGGAAGAAUUUAAACAGUGUGGAAUCACGACAGUCGUCUCCGUCCCACUCCAGCAAACACUCAGACUUUUCAGAAUCGGAGGACGAGGAAAUAACAGUUUCGUGACUGACUUAAAUAUACAUUUUAUGGCGCAUGCUUGGCCAAUGUAAACCGACAUAGCUUUCAUCGACAUACACCUGUUACGUAGCAAAUGGACGCUUGAAAGAGGAUGAUCCAUCCAUAGGCUACAGCAGAUAUACUUAAGAUAGGUCUAAAAAUAUCUGCUGAACAGGACAAUUUAUUCCUAGGCUAUAUGAAAACCGGAGUCCUAUCAAAAAAAAAGGGAUUCAACUGCAUUGAUAACUCGGAAUACCGACAUUUUUAUUUUUUGUAAAUGGGCAUAGCUCUUCGAAAUAAUUUGCCGUUUGCACUGUUUUUGAGAAGUAUAGCUACGAUAUAGUCUCUUAGGUCCAAUAAUAUUUUGUAUGGACAAAAAUACUAUUGUAUUUGUAUGCAGGCAACAUUCUAUAUCAACAAUAUUAUGAGCGAUUUUAACAUGAUUUUGUUUAUUAAAAUGUUAGGCUAAAUGUGUAACAUACAAAAUCAUUUUGCUGCUGUGAAGGCUGUAAAACAUACAUGUUUGGAAUUCAUGUAUAGGUUACCAUUUCAGAUGUAGGCCUACAGCCUAAAGGUAAACGAAAACCAAUGUAAUUAUAAGUUUACGAUUUUCUUGGAUUAGAUUAAAUAAACAACAGCCAAAAGGAGAUCACAAUAAAGUACAAACAAUAUGCCUAGGAUAUACUUUACAUUUUGUCACCAAAAUAAAUAAAUAAAUACUCACAUCUCUAGUUUCUAAAGGCUUUACCU